GAUUUUCAAUACUGUCAGUGAAUAUUGGAACGCUGUCCACAAAUAGCGAAUCCGCCGAGUUGUCAGUGGUCUGUUCUUCAUGGUUAUAUUUUCUAAGCGGCGUUCUUGUGUUAUUUUUCCCUACGGAAACGUGGAUAGUGAAAAGCUCUAGUUUUCCACCGUUCAAAAAGAAAAGAAAAAAAGAGAGAGAGAAAGAGUAAGAUCGCGGUAAGGUUAGUCUGCCAACGAGGGAUUAUGUUGGACGUGUUUUUAAGAACAAUAUUGUAAUUACUAAAGUUACAGAACAAGACUGAACUAUGAGUACCUCACGGUGUAUAGAAUCGCCUAAAUCACAUCUACAUAUGACACCUUUUAAAAAAAGAAUAAGGCAAAUUGAGAAUAAGCAUACAGAUAAAAUUGGCAAUAGUAACAUGACAGAAAAUAUAAUGACUGAUGAAGGUGUAACAAAUUAUAUGCAGGAAAUACAUAUUAAAUUUAGUCCCACCAAAGAAAACAAAAUUGAUGAGAAAACUUUAAAAGUUGAGACAGUAUCAAAUACACCAACAAAGAAAAAUAUAUGUGGAGGUAAAGAAAUAAAAGAGAAUGAUAAUGUACAGAAUAAUUUAAGAUCACAAAAUGUUUCACCUAUGACUGUGAAAAAUAUACAUAGUAUUUCUAAGGCAAAUGAUUCUUUGCAUAAUUGUGACAGUUCAAACUGUGAUAACAAGAUUGAUGACAACUCUGCAGAUGAUAAAAAUAUAUUUUCACUCUGUCUAAAAGAGAUGCAAGAUUUAUUAAAAACUCCACCAUGUAAGAAAACAGAACCAUUAUUACAAUCUGACAAUAUAGUUUCAUCAGAUAGGAAUUUAGAAAAGAGAAAAAAUGAUGACGAUUAUAAACAAUUUUGCGAUACACUUAAAUCAGAAUUAUAUAAUUCAGAAAAUUGUAAUGACUUUGGUGCUGUGGAUCUAUUAUAUAAUGAUUUACUAAAUACUAGAGUAAAUAUUGAGGACAGCAAAGUAUCAUCAGACAUAUUAUUAUCCUCAAUAGCAGAUAUGAAUACAUUGCAAUACAUUGAUGAAGGUUUAGCAGAUUUUAAUAAAGAUCCGCUGACAGAUCCUCUUUUCAUUAAUGAUCAUGAAGAGAAAGAUGUUGAUAGUAUAUUCGAUACGGAUUUAGAUUGCAAACCUGUAGCAUUAAGAAGGUCAAGUCGUAUACAUAAAAGUCCGAUUGGGGAUUAUAAUGUUGAUGACAUUAAAAAACACAAGCUUAACAUUGAAGAGAAACAUAUAUUAAAAGAAUUGGAAAAUAUUGAAGAGGAAGAACUACCAUUAAAUACUAUACAGCAAUUGGCGUCAUUAAAUAUAGAACUUGUACACAAAGUACCUCCACAACAUAAAAUAGAGACCAGAGCUGGAACUCAUACUACAACAAAUGAGAAGAUAUUAUUUCAAAAGUAUGGACCACUUCGUAAAGGUCCGUUUACAUACACAGAAGAUAAAACUAUUGCACAAAAUUGGGAUAUGUUUUGCAAGCUUCAUAAUUGGGACUCAAAAAACUUGGAACCGUUUCUUAAUUGGAGAUAUGAUGGAAAAUACUACAUACAUAACUUAAAAGAAAGACAGAAAUUCGUCCAAUUUUUAGCGAAUGGAUUACCUUGGCGGACCCUCUUUAGCGUUUAUUCCAGAUUUAGAAUCUUAUACCGUAACAAAAUCACUAAUACUCGAUAUACUUCAAAAGAAGAUCAAAAAAUUUUGACGUAUAUACAGAGUAAACAUCUUGACCAGCGUGAUACUAAAUACAUGGAAUUAGCAAAAUUGUUGGGACGAACAAGCCGAUCGAUAUCUAAACGGUAUAAGUAUCUUAAAAGAGUUCUAAAUGAACCAGUGAAAAAAUUAAAAGUAAAAUGGACGGUGCCACUCAUAAGAAAAUUCAUAAAGACGUUACUAAAUGUAACAUUAAGUGAAAAUAUAGAAGAGCUUAAACACGUUACACUCCCUAUGCCAGUGUGGCAAAAAAUGGAAGAAAAACUGCAUAUAGAUGAGAAUGUUUUAAAAACAUUUUGGCAACAUCAAUUGCAUCUGCAAUUAUUCAGUACAAAUUCCAUCUAUUUAAACGAUAUCAAAAUACAAUUAAUUGAAUAUAUAUAUAAAAAAGGAAUAUCGAGUACUCGCGAAAUUAUAUGGCCCAAUGUAGCUCAAUAUUUUGAUGGAGCGACUGCAGUAUUUCUCUGCAAGAUUUUCUUUUAUCUUGUCCAGGAAUGCGAUAUGAACGACACGGAAAAUUUCGCUGAUAUCGUGGAAUAUUUGUAUCAUAAGAAGAUCCCUGAAAUUAAAGAUGCCCCGACAGAUAAGUUUCUACCUAGAAUUGUAUAUAAAAAUGGAAAAAUUGAUGUGUUAAAUUCGGAGGAUGAUGCAACCGAUACAAAUACUGCUGAUUGUGAAGCUGAUUGUGACACUGAUGAUGUUUAAGUAGUGUAAUGAACUGUAUGCAUUUAACAUUAAAACCGAUCAUUAAGCU